AUGUCUGACUUGUCGAUCGUCGACUUCGCGCCAGGAAAUGGCCGCAUGGACCUGCGGAACCUCCCCAUCGUCAUGGAUCCAGCAGAGCACCAAAGCAUCCACUUAGCUGUCAAAAACCUUGCCAGCGACUUGGAGAGGGUUACUGGAAGCCUCCCUGCGAUCUGGACCGAUCCCUCUGAAUAUCAGUCUGUUGAAGGCGCAAUCGUUGUAGGUAGCUUAGAGCGAUCCAAGCUCAUACGGGAUCUGGACGACGAUGGUACUACCCGCAGGGCCUUGAUUUAUGGUAAAUGGGAGACAUUUCACACCACUCUUCAAGACUCUCCUUGGUCUUUCGCAAGACGCAUCCUGGUCAUUGCGGGGAGUGAUAAUCGUGGUACUAUCUUUGGCGUCUAUACAUUGUCUGAGCAGCUGGGUGUCUCUCCUUGGCAUUGGUGGGCCGAUGUCCCCGUGAAACGCCGCGAGUGCGUCUACGCCCUACCUGUCAGUACCUGCCAGGGAGAGCCGAGCAUCCAGUAUCGUGGCCUGUUCAUCAACGAUGAGGCUCCUGCGCUUACGGACUGGGUUCAUGUCAAGUGCGGAUCGUGUUAUAACGCCGUCUUUUAUGAAAAGUUCUUUGAACUUCUUCUUCGGUUGAAGGCAAAUUUCUUCUGGCCAGCCAUGUGGUCUGGGUACCCUGAGCCUGGGAGCAGCUUCUUCACGGAUGAUGCCAAGAACCAGGAGACUGCGGAUGCGUAUGGCAUAGUGGUGUCCACCUCGCAUCACGAGCCGAUGCAGAGGUCCACAACCGAAUGGCGCCGAAAUGGCAAGGGGCCAUGGGCCUGGAACCAAAACAAGGAGGCCAUCACCGACUUCUUUGAGACUGGAGCAAAGCGGGCCCAGGGUCACGAGUCCAUUUUCACGCUCGGCAUGCGAGGAGAAGGAGAUGGCACGAUCGAAGCGGACGAUCCCAAGGCCACACUCAAGGACGUCAUCGAGACUCAGCGACGAAUCUUGAAGGAUGUGUAUGGGAAACCCGAUGCCGUCAAUCAGGUGAUGGCUCUGUACAAGGAAGUCCUCGAGUAUUAUGAGGAUGGACUGGAGAUCCCCGACGACGUGACGAUUCUCUUCGCUGAUGACAACUUUGGGAAUAUUCGCCGGUUGCCCACAGCAGAGGAGCGAGCACGUUCAGGUGGAUUUGGGCUAUACUACCAUUUGGAGUACGUUGGCCAUCCGCGAAGCUACAAGUGGAUUAACACGAACUCUUGUGGCAAAGUACAACAGCAGCUCCGAACAGCGUAUGACGGCGGGAUAACCAAGAUUUGGAUCGUCAACGUUGGAGACAUCAAACCGAUCGAGAUGCCCGCGACAUUUGCGAUGCAACUUGCCUGGGACAUCAACAGCGUGGGACCCAACACUCUCGACUCCUUCUUCCGGUCUUACUCUGCACGCGAGUUUGGACAUGAACAUGCCGACACGAUCGCGGGGAUUCUUUCCAAGCAUGAUCGUCUCAUGGCGCUUCGUCGGCAUGAACACAUCGAGCCUGAGACCUUCUCGGUCCUCAAUUAUCACGAGGCUGAAACCAUCUUGACGAGGUUCAAGGAUCUCGAGCGUCAAGCAAACGAUCUCUUCGAUGUCAUUCAGUCUCCAUACAAAGCAGCCUUCUUCCAGCUCGUGUUGCAUCCUGUCAAGGCGUCACGGAUCUAUACGGAUUUGCGAGUGGCUCAAGCCAAGAACCGGCUCUUCGGCUCUCAGAGACGCAACUCGACCAACCUCUUGGCAAAUCGUGCACUCGAACUGUUCGACGAAGACUGGUCCCUCGCUGAAACGUACCACAACAACCCAUGGAGUGGCACGAAGUGGGAUCAUAUCAUGAAACAGACGCACUACGGGUAUACGCCCGACAGCUGGCGCGCGCCGUCUCGCGACCUGCUCACGGGCUUGAGUUUCAUCCAGCGACGACAGGAUUCGACCCGCAUCGUGGGUCAGAUGGGUGUCGCCGUGGAGGGGCACGCUGGCAUUCGACCAGGCCUGAUCAACGAGGAGAACGAUCGGACGAACCCGUCACGUGGUGAUUUGGCCGCAGGACUGACUCUUCCUCCCCUUAGCCCCUAUGGUGUUCAGGAACGGUACUUUGACAUCUUCACCAGAGGCAAGCCUGUCGUCGAAUGGACCGCCGGCGUGGAUCAGGAUUGGGUGUUGGUCGAACCGGCAAAAGGAAGACUUGAGCCGGGAGAGGACGAUCAACGAGUGACGGUGGCAGUGAACUGGACAAGAGUUCCCCAAGAGUUCAACUCGGUCCUACAGAUUGUGGUGCAAUCUCGUGGAGGGGAACUCGAGCAUGUUCACCUGCCUGUCAUGAACCAAGCUGUGCCACCCGAGUUCCACGGAUUUGUUGAAUCCGAAGGGUGCAUCUCCUUGGAGCCUGCGUCGGUCGAGUUGACUCCACCUCAGCAAGGGGAAUAUCAGAUAUACCCUUUUCUUGGCCGCGCGCUUGCAGGAGCCAUUGGCCUAUCGACAGCCCCCAGAGCCGGAGUCUCUUGGCUGGAGUAUCCGGUUUAUCUCUUCUCGACAGUCCCUUCAGCUAAGGUGACACUGCAUUUCACAAUGAUGCUGGAGCUGAGGCCCUGGCAGAGAGCCAGCUACGAUUUGUCGCUCGGCGGUUCUAUUUUGAGUUCGGUGCCUUUGAUGGAGACCAAGGUUGAAGGUGACUUACCCGAAGGAUGGUCUACGGCGGUACAGGAUGGGGUCUGGACUCAAAGCCAUGUUUUCAGCCUUUCCAGGAGCGGACACCACGUCCUAAGAUACCGCCCUCUGGCCGAAGGGGUUCUUCUAGAAAAGAUUGUGGUAGAUCUCGGGGGCGUUCGUGCGAGCUACUUGGGGCCCCCGAUGAGCAGCCGGGUGUAA